GCCACUAUUAGUACUGACUAACAAAGAAUGCAACCUGACCCGCCAGGACGUGUCAUUAUUUCCAUUUUACUGACUCCAUUAUUACUACACCCACUCUGAGCACAAACCGUACCGCUUAAAUGUCCACACUGCACGUCGAAAAUCUCUUCGCUGUCGCAGGGAAGGUAGUUCUCGUGACAGGAGGUUCUCGUGGGAUUGGGAAAAUGAUUGCCUCCGCAUUCGUGAGGAACGGUGCCAAGGUCUAUAUCUCGGCCCGUUCUGCGAAGGAAUGUCAGGCCACCGCAGAAGAACUCGGAUCCAGUGGUCCAGGCUCAUGCACCGCAAUCCCAGCUGAUAUGUCCAAAUUCUCUGAAGUGGAGCGGUUCGUGCAAGAACUCUCCGCGCGAGAAUCCGUUCUCAAUGUCCUCAUCAAUAACGCGGGAACAACAUGGGCAGAACCUAUCGACCAAUACCCAGAUGAGGGGUUUUCAAAGGUCCUCACUCUGAAUCUGCAACGUGUGUUCACUCUGAUGCAAAAAUUGCUGCCAUUAUUACGUGCGGGCGCAGCUCAAGAUGGCAAGACAGGGGCCGUAUAUAAUGAUCCGGCACGUAUUAUCAACAUUGGCUCGGUCGAGGGCAUUGGUGUGCCCGAUCAUGACACAUAUGCCUAUGCUGCUGCCAAGGCUGGUCUGCAUCACCUCAGUCGCCACCUCGCCGGCCGCCUUGGGCCCGAGGGCAUAGUCAGUAAUACCAUAGCCUGUGGUGCGUUCGAAAGCAAGAUGACGGCUCAAUUUUUUGAAGCUGCGGGGAACAUCAUCAUCAACCAGGUCCCGACAAAUCGUUUUGGUACGCCCGAGGACAUCGCAGGCGCCACGCUGUUCUUGGCAAGCAGGGCUGGUGCAUACGUGAACGGUGCGACCAUUGCCCUCGAUGGUGGCUUUCUUGUCAACAUGCCGAUGAGCAAACUGUAAGAAGGAGCUCAACGUUAUAUGCCUUAUCAUUUCGCACUCAGGAAAAUUAUGCACAAGUAACCUAACCAUUGACACAUCCGGCUGGCAGAGUUCUGCACCUUCCAGACCAAUUCCAGACACUAAUAUUUUCGUUCCACUUCCAUGGCUGGUAUAUAGAUCAAGCAGAUAUAAUACAUCAGAUCAUAAG